CUGGCAUUCCUACACUUCAAAUGAGCCAAUCAUUGUCUGUAUAGAUGCCCAAAGGUUUUUUGGAACCACAAAGCGAACACCACACCAAGGACUCAGAGGUAGAUUUUAACAGGUUUCCAAAACAAAUAGACUCACAACAGGGGACCAGGAUACUGGAACAGAGGCAGGCGUAACCAGCAGGACGAUGAAAGCUAGGUUGGAGGAAGAUGGUGUGGAAGAAGUGAUCCAGAUGAUGACGACAAAACCUGAAGACUCAGGGCAGGAAUACUUGGAAGGUGCAGCGAGGGAACCAGAAGACUGAGAAAGAGGCAGGAGGGACUGACAGGAACACUGGAGUCUGAAGAGGAGGAAGGUGGCAUGGAACAGGGGAUCCAGGUGAUGACGACAAAAGUGAGGGAACCAGGAGGCUGAGAAAGAGGCAGGUGGGACCGACGGGAACACUGAAGAGUUUAAAGAGGGGGGAGGUGGCAUGGGAACAGGUGAUGACGACAAAAGCGAGGGAACCAGGAGGCUGAGAAAGAGGCAGCUGGGACAGACGGGAACACUGGAGUCUGAAGAGGAGGAAGGUGGCAUGGAACAGGGGAUCCAGGUGAGGGGAAGAUCGUCGUGUUUGAUCUGUGGAUCCUUUCCUACGUCCCUUUUGGCAGAUGUGGGAUGUACUGCAGUCAGCAUGGCUCCAGAUACCUGUGACGACCUGCCAGGACUUUAUUGAGUCAAUCGAUGCCCGUCUAGGUGCUGUCCGUGCUGCACACGGCGGUUCCUCUGGAUAUAAGCUGGCGGUCAUAUCACCCUAAUGUGACCCGACAGUGUAUAUGAUUGGUCCACUGUGGGCUGGAGUAUAAAUAAACGGGUGGAGAAGCUAAAUAUGUUUCCUUCAUGCCAUAGGCCCGUGUUCAGAAAUUUGGGAAGUAUGUGUAGUAAUAAUAUCCAACGGAGAGAGGCAGCAGUCAGUCUGCCAAAAAUCACAGAAGAAGAGAAAGUGUAAGACAGGAAACAGGAAGUUCACAAUCUCUUAUGUGCGCAGCAUCUAAAAGCUGGGAUUUGGAGUCAGAGAACGAAUGUGACGAAGAUCUUUAAUUACUGAAAAUGAGUUACUUUUCAGAUGAUGGCAGUCUUCCUUCACUGGAUAAAUGCUCAAAAUUUGAGCUUUCUGAUAACUUUGAAGUGUUGAGUAAAUUGGGAAGUGGAGGCUUUAGUAAUGUUUACAAAGUAAAACAUAAAGUGGAUAAAGUGGUGUAUGCAAUCAAGUGUGUUAAAUAUAACAGUGAUGCCGCUAAGGAGGUUGAGGCACUGGCCAGACUUAACAAUCCAAACAUUAUCCGAUACCAUAUGUGUCUGCUUCCUGUAGAUGUUAAGCAAUACUGCUACAAAACUUCCUCUGAAUCAGCCAGCACUGACGAUGGUAUUCAAUUCACAGACCAAUCACCUGUUCAAGAACAAGGAUCAAAAGGCUCAGCCUCUGAUGAGUUGAAUGCUGAUAAAUUAGGAGGGGAUUUUAGUCAUAUCUUAAUAAAAUCACUUGAUCUUAUUAAAGAACCAGAAUCAACCAGCUCUGACAGUUCUGACACCUCUGACAACAGUGGAUCCAAAGUGCCUUCAGAUUCAAGUACAUCCGGUGCUGAUCAAAAACAAGAUUCCUCUACAUCGUUCGGUGCUGAGUCCAGUGAAUCAAUGGCAGAUAGUAAUUUAAGACGUACUCCACCUCCUGUUCAAGAACAAGGGAUUUCUGAAUCUGACAUAGCUAAGAUCAAGGAUGGUAAAUCAACAGAGGAUGGCAGCAAAUCUUCUUCCAGAAAUCUGUACAUAAUCAUGGAGUUCUGUGAGGGAGGUACACUCACUACAUGGAUAUCUGAGCGAAAUUAUAAAAAGGUGGAAAGAACAGAAGAAGAAGCCUUGUCGAUAUUUCAUCAAAUUGUCAGUGGAAUGAAGUAUGUCCAUUCCAAAAACAUCAUCCACAGAGACUUAAAGCCUGACAAUAUAUUUUUUGGCAACGAUGGGAAUGUGAAGAUCGCAGACUUUGGACUUGCUACUUUGAUAUCCGGCCCAAAUGGAGACCCAAUUCAAAGGACGAAGCAUGUAGGAACUGAAACGUACAUGAGCCCUGAACAGGAAAAUCAAACGGAUUAUGAUGAAAAAACCGACAUCUUUACUUUGGGACUUAUAUGGUUUGAGCUUCUGUGGCGUAUGUUCACUGAGAUGGAGAGAAUCAAGAUGUUGAGUGAGCUGAAAAACCAGACAUUUCCAGACGGAUUUUGUCAGAAAUAUAAAACACAGCACAAGUACAUCAAACAAAUGCUGUCCAAAGAUCCAAAGGAGAGGCCGGAUGCUGAAAAAUUGGAAAACGUUCUUAAAGAGUGUUUUCCUUUGGGCCCAAGCGACUCUAUCAGAUAAUCUGAUACAUGGAAUUUCUCAGCUCUAUGCUCCAGCUUUUAAUUCGUCAGUUCUGUAAUUCUGUAUAUGCAGUCUAGUACUGUCUAAUGAGGUGAGGAAAAUAUGAAGUACAAUACAAACAAGCUGCUCAAAAGAUGUGGUACAAUAUGGCAAAAUGAGAAACAUCAGACUUGCUACAGUAUAUUCAACCACAGAGCCAAAGUCACAAACAAUGUAUGUCAUGUAAACAAAAAUAGAAUCUCUGGCUGUAUCCCAAAUGUAGAACGAUACACUCUACCCACGAUGAAAUGUGAUUCACGAUACUGUGUUCACGUUACGAUUUUUUAAAACGGAAAUUGAAGACAAAUUAUGACAGUUUCCUUUUAUUAUUUCUCUUAAAUAUCUAAGGGUAGAAUCAGUAUAGAGGACGCAUUCAGGGUAAUUGGACACGACUAGAUUAGGGGAGAAAAAUUGGGGGGAAAAGUAGGGGAAAAUAGAAAAAUUCGAAAUAUAUGAAUAAUGAAUUCUCUUUUAUUUCUGAGGUAGGUACAAACUAUGCAAAACAAUUUUGAAUUAAGCCCAAUUUGGCUGAAAACCCCCGAAUCUGGCAACCAGUCGUGUAGCGCCAGUGACAUCAACUGAGCGAGGUGAAUAGCGGCAGCGCCCUCUGCUGUUUAAAGUGAAUAUCGAUUCAUUUUACAUGUCAAAUCGAUUUGAAUCGUGGAAUUUUUGAGUCGGUUAUUAACUGUUUUGUGGUGCAUCGUUACAUCCCUACACUAUGUUCUAACAUGUAUGUUAGAAUAAAAACAUCACAUUAAAAAAAAAAAAUGCACUACUUCUGUCUACUAUUUUGCACAGUUCUAUAAUUUGGGACACAGCCAGAGUGACCAGGGUUAUAGAAACAAUGCUAGAUUUGUAUUGGGAGUCACAAUGUGUGUCAAAGAUAUGUUCCCUACAUACAUAGUGUUGACAAUGCUGGUUGGGUCCAUGUACUUAGUUCCAUGCUGUUUAGACCAAAUUCUGACCCUACUUUCUGGUGCUGUACUGUGGUUUACCCUACGCUCUGACCCCUGCUUCCAGAACUUCAAAAGAAUUUACUGUACAUGUGUAUAUAUUCUGUUCCAUUCUAUUGUUUUCUUUUAUCAGACGAAGCAAUCUUUCCCAAACAUGCACUUUGGCUGAGUCUGUGCCCACUCUACCAUCAGCUUGACCAACAGGAAUGGAAUUUAAUGUGCUUUUUUGCUGUUGUAUUCUGUCCCCCUCUAGAUUUAAGCUGUGAGUUCUAAGAUGCUUUUCUGAUCACCACUGUAGUUGUUUGACUUACUGUUGCCUUCCUAUCUGCUCAAACCAAUCAGACCACUCUCUUUUAAAAUUAACAAGGCACGACCAAGUACCACUUCAAAUCGAACAAAUACCACACGUACCACUUACUAGAAAGUCAUCUUAGGAGUCAUCUUAACACUCACACUUUUACAUAAGGCCCUACGUAAUGAGCUGAUUCCUGUGUAGUAUGCAAUUUGCUGUGAAAUUCAAAAUGUUGAGUGAUCUGACAUUUUUCAUUCGCAUAGGGUUCAAGUGCCUAUAUAAGGUGGCGCUAACAAUCCUACGGCAAUUCAGGUAGCAAACGGUUAGUCAAAAUGUCCAAGAUGUCGAAGUCUAAGGCAGCUAAAACACGACUCAGGUGACUGAGUUUGGACAACUCCCAAACAAUUCUGUGUCAAAACACGGACGAGAAUUUUCGUAUUUGAGACAGAGCCUCGCACUGUUGCUAAAUGUUCUAGGUUUACAUUCAACCAUUAAGGUAGGAUGUGCUGUGCGCAGUCCACGACCCCUUCUUAUUCACCCAUACUUUGGUGGAUCCGCACACGAGGCCAGUCUUGCGCAUGGAGAGUUCUGCUUCACCCAGCAUUAAAAGCCCCACCUCCUUUUUAGUCCAGUCUUUUCCCACACAGUAGACUAGUGGCCAGUUUUGUCUCCUGCAGGCACUGCCAUUUGUGUGUAAGUGGAAUAUCCCGCUCCACCUGGGCUCCUCCAGCAGUGAGCAUUGAUUUAUUUCAUUAAGUUGGAUAUGCUUGUUCGGGACUGUGGUUUUGCUUGCUCUUUGGUUUUGUAUGAACAAUCUGAAACUCAAACUAUAAAAAAGCAUGGUACCCUCAUGUAGCAUUUUUACCACUAAACCUAGCAGUGUUCUUGUCAGCCGUUCUUUAUUCUCAACAUCUGUAUCCGUUUUCUUUAGCUAUGACUCAGUGUUACAAUUCUAAGAGCUGUUCUAGGUCUUUUAAAGAUCCUGUUCAUGAGUCUACAUCAGGGAUGCUAACAUUUGCUAACUGUUACAUUAUAAAUCAUAUCACACAAUGGGUGCUCAGGUCAUCAUAAGGGCUAACUAACCAUGCUAAUCAUAAUUAAUAAUAAUGACACCAGUACAUUAAAGCUCUUUCUGACAUAAGAUGAUUAGUCAAGGUUUACCUUUAUACUGAAACAUGAUGCAAAAUAUCCAGCUUAUUGCAAACAGUGUCGUGUUUACUGUUAUACACCGUUUCCAGUGUUACAUUCGACUGUGUUCUAUGUUUACAUGGCUCUGACACGUGUCUCCUGUUGUGUUAUUUGUAAAAUGUAUAUUAAAAUACAUAAAGCACAUUUUUGUAUAGAUAAAUAUUUAAGAUGUAAAUAUUAUAAUUGUUGAUGUUGGUAUUGUUGAUGAAUUAAAAGAAACGGAUCAAA